AUCCCGAUACAACGGGACACUUUUGGGAUGGGCAUUGGAGCAUGGAGAAAUAACUAACCUAUACGAACGGAUGAUUUCGCACAUAUCGUUUUCUAGCAAGUACAUUUUCGUUCUUUGAAUAAGGACGAGAUACUGAAUUUUUAAAUAUGCCGAGCAACAAACUUGACAAACCGGAAAAGACAGAGGUCAGUGAUAAUGUUAAGGUGGUGGUACGAUGUCGACCUCUCAACCAAAAAGAAAAGACGAUGGGAUACAAACAGUCCGUUACUGUGGAUGAAAUACGAGGAACCAUCACUGUGAAUAAACAAGAGAUGCCGAAUGAGCUACCAAAGACCUUCACUUUUGACACAGUAUUUGGUCCUGAUAGCAAACAGCUGGAUGUCUACAAUUUAACAGCCCGACCUAUUAUCGACUCGGUGUUAGAGGGCUACAAUGGGACCAUUUUCGCCUAUGGUCAGACAGGCACUGGGAAGACCUUCACCAUGGAGGGGGUCAGGGCAGUACCAGAGCUUAGAGGGAUCAUCCCAAAUUCAUUUGCUCAUAUCUUCGGUCACAUUGCUAAAGCCGAGGGGGACACUAGGUUCUUAGUUAGAGUUUCGUACUUGGAGAUCUAUAAUGAGGAAGUGAGAGACUUGCUGGGGAAAGACCAGAUGCAGAGAUUGGAGGUGAAAGAGAGGCCAGAUGUGGGCGUGUACAUCAAAGACCUUUCUGGCUAUGUUGUGAACAAUGCAGAUGACAUGGACAGAAUUAUGACUCUUGGGCACAAAAACCGGUCUGUUGGUGCGACCAACAUGAAUGAACACAGCUCCCGCUCACAUGCCAUAUUCACUAUUACUAUUGAGUGCAGUGAAAAGGGCAUCGAUGGCAACCAGCACGUGCGAAUGGGCAAGCUGCACCUGGUGGACCUGGCCGGAUCUGAGAGGCAGGGGAAGACAGGCGCCACGGGACAGCGUCUUAAAGAGGCCACUAAGAUCAACCUGUCCCUAUCCACUCUGGGGAACGUCAUCUCUGCUCUGGUGGAUGGGAAGAGCACCCACGUACCCUACCGGAACUCGAAACUCACCCGCCUCCUGCAGGACUCUUUAGGAGGAAACUCCAAAACCAUGAUGUGUGCAAAUAUUGGUCCUGCAGAUUACAACUAUGACGAGACCAUUAGCACCUUGCGCUAUGCUAACAGGGCAAAGAACAUCAAGAAUAAGGCCAGAAUUAAUGAGGACCCCAAAGAUGCGUUAUUGCGCCAAUUUCAGAAGGAGAUUGAGGAGCUCAAGAGAAAGUUGGAAGAAGGGGAAGAGAUCUCGGGGUCAGAGGGCAGUGGGUCAGAAGACAUGGACGAGGGGGAGGAUGAGGUCGGUGACGGUGGAGAGAGACGCAGAAAGCGACGAGACAGUAGAAGCAGUGGUAGUUCAGGUUCUGCCUCCUCUGUAGCACAGCAGUCAGAGGGGGAAACUCAUACUAGGAGAAAGAAGGUGUCACCAGACAAGAUGGUGGAGAUGCAGGCGAAGAUCGAGGAGGAACGGAAGGCCUUGGAGGCCAAGCUGGACAUGGAAGAAGAGGAACGGAACAAAGCGCGUGCUGAGCUGGAGAAGAGGGAGAAGGAUCUUCUCAAAGCUCAGCAGGAGCACCAUUUAUUGCUUGAGAAGCUGUCUGCUCUGGAGAAGAAGGUUAUCGUUGGUGGGGUUGACCUGCUGGCCAAAGCCGAAGAGCAGGAGAAGCUUCUGGAAGAAUCGAACAACGAAUUGGAGGAGCGACGGAAGAGAGCCGAACAGCUCCGCAGAGAGCUGGAGGAGAAGGAGCAAGAACGCUUGGACAUUGAAGAGAAGUACACCAGUUUGCAGGAGGAGGCUCAAGGCAAGACAAAGAAACUGAAGAAAGUCUGGACCAUGCUGAUGGCAGCAAAGUCAGAGAUGGCAGACCUGCAACAGGAACAUCACAGGGAGAUCGAAGGCCUUCUGGAGAACAUCCGUCAGCUCAGCAGAGAACUCCGACUUCAAAUGCUCAUCAUUGACAAUUUCAUUCCUCAGGAAUACCAGGAAAUGAUUGAGAAUUAUGUACACUGGAAUGAAGACAUUGGGGAAUGGCAGCUGAAAUGUGUUGCCUAUACUGGCAACAACAUGAGAAAACAGACCCCUGUUCCAGACAAGAAGGAAAAAGAUCCGUUUGAGGUGGACCUCUCCCACGUGUACCUGGCCUACACGGAGGAGAGCAUGCGCCAGUCCCUUAUGAGACUGGAGAGGCCCAGGACCUCCAAGGGGGGCAAGUCCAGGCCCAAGACUGGCCGCAGGAAGCGUUCGUCCAGGCCGGAAACAGCGAUUGAAUCCCUGCUGCAGUGAGCUACUGUUUCUGACAAAUACCAGUGAAGUAUGGCACUAGGAUCCAGGCUUUGUAAGGUUUACAGAGGAAUUGAUAUUAGUUGUGUAAAAAUGGAACACAUCAACUAAACAUAUUGCAGUUUUGAUUAAAAAAAAUAAAAUCUGGUGUACAUAUGCAGACAAUACAACAGACAUUAACACUGUUGUUUACUUAUUAAUUGAAAAAAUUAUUUCAAAAUUUAGCAAAAAGCCAUCUUCAUGUUUAAUCAUUAUGCAAACAAAAACACAAUAAAAACUGUUACUUGAGCUAUAGCUUUUAUAUAAAUGUCCUCGCAGGGUACUUGCUCUUUUGGCACAGGAUGUCACUAAUGUAAUACCCCAGCUGUCUAACCUACCAGUCUGAGCAAGCAACUUUAUAUAUCAAUCACUUGCUUGUUGCUUGCACCAUUGGCAGUUUGUAAUUACCUUUCAGACAUUUAUUUGAUUUGUGUAAUUAGUGCUACUAACCUGGUUUUGUGAGGGUUGGGGGUUGAACCUGCAUGCUGGGUUAUUUUACCCACAGUCCAGUGCCAUUUUACACUGUAUGUCCACAUGUGUACUGUAGUUAAAAGAAAAGUGACCAUUUACAUGGAAGUGUUUACACUUGUUGUGCUGUGCUGGAUACACAUUAAUUUAUUAAAUUAUUUAUGUUAUCUCA